AUGUUCUUCUCCCGUGCGCCUUCUCUCUCAUUUGCCCCUGUUUCUCUCCUCCCGUGCGAUUCUCUCUCAUUCUUCUCUGUUUCUCUCCUGGUUGUGCACGUCCUCUCUCAUUCCCCUCCGUCUCUCUCCUCCCGUGCGCGUUCUCUCUCAUUCCGCUCUGUCUCUCUUCUCCCGUGCGCUUUCGCUCUCAUUCCCCUGUGCGCCUCUCCUCCCAUGCGCAUGUCGUCCCCUCUGCUCAUGUCCUUCCGUGCCCGUUCACUCUCAUUCCCCUCUGCGCCUCUCCUCCCACGCGCAUUUAGUCUCGUUCCCCUCAACUCCUCUCCUCCCUUGCGCGAGACCUCUCAUUCCCCUCUGUUCCUCUCCUCUAAUGCGCGUUUUGGGUUAUUCCCCUCUGCUCCUCUCCUCCCUUGCGCCUCCUCUCUUUUCCCCCACUGCUCCUCUCCUCCCGUGCGCCUACACUCUCAUUCCCCUCUGCUCCUCUCCUCCCGUGCGCCUCCUCUCUCAAUCUCCUCUGUUUUCCUCCUCCCGUGCGCCUCCUCUCUCAAUCUCCUCUGUUUUCCUCCUCCCGUGCGCCUUCUCUAUCAAUCUCCUCUGUUUUCCUCCUCCCGUGCGCCUUCUCUAUCAAUCUCCUCUGCUUUCCUCCUUUCGUGCGCCUUCUCUCUCAUUCCCCUCUGUUUUCCUCCUCUCGUGCGCCUUCUCUCUCAUUCCACCAUGUUUCUAUCCUCUCUUGUGCGCAAACACUCUCAUUCCCCCAUGUUUCUAUCCUCUCUUGUGCGCAAACACUCUCAUUCCCCUCUGCUCCUCUCCUCCCGUGCGCCUCCUCUCUCAAUCUCCUCUGUUUUCCUCCUCCCGUGCGCCUUCUCUCUCAAUCUCCUCUGUUUUUCUCCUCUCGUGCGCCUUCUCUAUCAAUCUCCUCUGUUUUCCUCCUCUCGUGCGCCUUCUCUCUCAUUCCCCUCUGAUUCACUCCUCCCAUGCUCCUUCUCCCUCAUUCCCCUCUGGUUCACUCUUCCCGUGCGCCUUCUCUCUCCCGUACGCUCAUCCCCUCUGUGCCCCGCUUGCUCCUCGCUUCCUAUGCCCGUAUUUUCUCAGUUUCCACACUUCUACUCUCCUCAUAUGCUCGGCUUCUCUGUUUUGCGGACUGGUGCUCUGUCAUGGUGCUUUUCUUCUUUUUUUCACCCUACUCACCCCUCUUCUCCCAUGCUCCCUAUCUUUCGGCUUGCUUGGCAGAUGUCCUUCCUAUGUCCAAGAUGCUGCCUUUGUUCCUUCGAGACACGGUCAGGGCUGGGUCGGCACAUGCAGAGCAACGCCUGCCCUGCCAACCUCGUCAGUAGCAGCGACCAGCUCUAG